UUCGACUGACUGCCGUUAAGCCCAGCGCUAAGUUGGUUCAGUUAUUGGUGGUUGGUUUCUGUUUCAUUUUUACAUGCCAGCUCGUCGCUUUGUCUACCUGCAGUUCAAUUUGCUCCCUCUGAGAGUCAACAACUUAUCAAGUACUUCAGAUACAAAAGAGUUUUUUCAACCGUCACAUCUCCCUGCUAAGAUAAUUAGGCAUGAUCCCCAAAGGCCAAAUGCUGCCAUUGGUUCUGGUUGCUGCCACUUGUUUUUUUGCUGAGGGCUCUAAUAUUACGUCUGCGCGGAGUGGAAAGGCCCUGAGUCUCUUCAACGUUAUUCAAUUCUCCAAUGGUCCUUGCCCUGGAACGGGGAACAGAAAUGGCACAUGUUACACCGAGGCGGAAUGCACUCAGAAAAACGGCGUUGCCGCUGGAACAUGCGCAUCUGGAUAUGGAGUUUGCUGUACAUUUUCGGCUACGUGUGGACAAACCUCUAGCGAGAAUUGCACGUACUUUGAGUCUUCCAGUGUUCCAAUUGGAGCUUGUCGGUUGAAAAUUUGCAAGUGUGAUGAGAACAUCUGCCAGCUCCGUCUGGAUUUUAAUUCCUUUGUGAUUUCGGGACCGGUCACACUCUCUUCUUCAACUGGAAAAGCUACAAAUGGCAUUGUUGCCGGAGCUGGUGCCAAAGAGGUGAAUUUAGCGACUCAGUGUUUAACAGAUCGAUUCUCAGUGACGAAUCCAGGAAGUUCCUCCCCACCCACCAUUUGUGGAACUAACACUGGGACCCACAUGUACGUGGAUGCCAAUGAAAACUGCAAUGAACUAGCCUUCCAAUUGGGUGCUUCAUCUUCCGUGAGUCGACAAUGGUCUAUCAAGAUUACCCAAUAUGCUUGUGACUUUGACAAUUUGGCUCCACAGGGAUGCACUCAGUACCACUUUGGCUCCAAUUCAGGCACAAUUAAAAAUUACAACUUUGAUGGUGGUGCUCAUUUGGCCAAUCAAGAGCAAAAGAUUUGUGUCAGACAAGAACGCGGCAACUGCCAGACCUGCUAUUUUCAAAUCGAGAAGACUGACUUCAGCGUUUCUGGUGAAGCUGGAAUGACAACUGGAUUCACCUCCAAAACCCAGUGUUGUGGAUAUGGAAGCAACGGAGAAGAUACCAAAGGGUAUGAUUGUUUAGUUAUUCCGGGUGCAUUGAAACAAACAGACAAACAGGACCCAGCCCCAGGUUCUCAAUUUUGUGGGGGAUUGCUGACAACCAUAAAUGAAGGAACAGACGGCAAGACUGUAUGCACAAAACAGCGUCCUUUUCAUGUCACUUUUCGCUCCGACCAUUUUGAACACCCGGACGAGUCAGAAACGAUGAUCACCGCUGGAUUCCGAUUGGCCUAUACUCAAAAAAGUUGUUAGACGUCAUUUAAGAAAACUGUGCCGGUCUUUAUAAAAGAAAACCGGAUGCAUAGUUUUUCAGAUAUUAUAUGCUCUUCAUUUAUUUAGUUUUCUUGAGCCUGAUUGCUAGUUAAUAAAAAGUAUUCUCAUAUUACUUAUUUGCCAAUAAAAAUCAUCUUUAAUAACAAUCUCA